AUGUCUUCGUGGUCCCUCAUGCCGAGUCCUCCUAGAUUGGAGAGGAUUGAGGGGGUGGAGGAGAGGGUUGGGGAGGUGCAGAAGGGCGUUGGGUAUCGUGAGGAGGUGGUUGGGCGGAGGGAGCGAGAGGUGCAGGAACUGGAGCAGGCGGAGGUGGAGGAGAGGGAGGAGAAGGUCGUGCAACUUCAGCAAGCUGUUGAUGAGCGGGAACGGGCACUUGAUCAGAGAGAAUCUGAGCUUGAAGAACGUUCCAAGUGGGGAGUCUCUGAAGCUUCAACAGUCGGCGGUUGCAAGUUGGGAUGUCUGCCCUCGUUUCUUGUGUUACAUAUCGACAGAUCUUGGUACAUCGACCCCUUCUGA